CCGAUCCGCGGCCUCAUAAGCAGCCACUAUAACGCCAGGCAUUCCCGAUCUGACAACCGCGCGUCUCGCAUCGUGUCCCCUCCGAUCGACGUCAUUACUAUUAUUAUUAUUAUCGUCGCGAAUUAAUCUCAAAAAGAUUUUUAUUUCACCGACAAUAAAAAUGUUUUCCGCGAGUUUGGUAAAUAGUUCGAGCUUCUGAAAGUGUUUUUAUAUUAUUUACAGUGACUCUGAGUUGAUUAGUUUUCUUUUUGUGGACAGCCGAGCAUCCCUCUGUUAGAGGGAUCGGACAUCAGCCGCCAAAAUUAACGCCGCAAUCAUGAACUCGUACUUCGAACAGAGUGGCUUCUACGGGAGUCACCAUCACCAAGCGGCUGGCGCGGUGACUGGAGCACAUCACCACGACCCAGCAGCGGCCGCGGCAGCUUACCGUUCCUUCCCUCUGAGUCUCGGUAUGUCACCCUAUGCCUCCAGUCAACACCACCACGCAGCACAUUCCCUACACCAAGCCAGACCACCUCAAGACUCACCCUACGAUGCCUCAGUAGCUGCAACAGCCUGUAAACUAUACUCCUCCGAGGCACAGAACACCUACGGAAACUCAGGAACAAAAUCAGAUUGUUCUAAAGGAAACGCAGAUCAGAACGGAUACGCUUCAGUAGUAACAGCGGAAGCUGUAAAAAACUGGCAAAACGCAGCUUCGGCAGGAAGUGGAAACUUAGCAAACAGUCUGGCAGGUCCAGUAAGACCGUCGGCGUGCACGCCGGAUUCGAGGGUAGGGUAUGGGUCUUCAGGUUUAAUUGGUGGUGAUCCGUCUACAAGUCCUGGAACGGCUUCGGCAGGAAGAACAUCUAAUUCCUUGUCGUCGUGGAAUAAUCCCUGUUCGCUGAACACGACCUCUUCGCAGCCGGUCGGGACUCAGAUUCACCAGCAGACUCAGCAUACGUUCUAUCCCUGGAUGGCUAUAGCAGGAGCGAACGGUCUGCGAAGGCGUGGCCGGCAGACGUACACCAGGUACCAGACCCUCGAGCUCGAGAAGGAGUUCCACACGAACCACUACCUGACCAGGCGGAGAAGGAUAGAGAUGGCGCACGCGCUGUGCCUGACAGAGAGGCAGAUAAAAAUAUGGUUCCAGAAUAGGCGAAUGAAGCUGAAAAAGGAGAUACAGGCCAUCAAGGAACUGAACGAACAGGAGAAGCAGGCGCAGGCGCAGAAAGCCGCAGCAGCCGCGGCCGCUGCUGCGGCACAACAAGUAGACCAGAAUUAGUUGACUGUUAAUUUUCCCAUUUCUAGUGACGAUGAUGGGAUGCGGCUGAGUUUGUUUACUCAAUAGAACCCAACCGCAAUCGAGCCUCAGGUUCCUGGGACAGUGUUGCCGCGCUGCCGCUGGACAAAUACCUAGUGCUGCCCUCUGGCUAACCGAAAAGGGAAAAUACACGAUACCGCUAAUGCAUACCGCACAUACGUACUACUACGAGACGGACUCGAAAUUUAAAACUCUCCAAAACUAGGAUAAAGUAAAAAUAAACUGUGAAAAUGUGUAUACUCUUUACUGCGUUAAGCAUAGCAUAAUUUAAUAUAAUGAUUAUUAGUAUAGUGUAUAAAAUUAUUUA